AUGGUUUUGUCUUUAUUUAUUCUAAUCGGUUGGUUUGUAUGUAUAUUCAUAUGUUAUUAUGUAAUUCGUCCUAUUUCAAGUAAAUUAAUUCGAUUUGUUUUAACAUGUUUUUCAUGUAUAUUAUUAACUUAUGUCACUUGUCAAAAUCUUCCUCGAUUCGAUUCAAUUUCAAUAUUAAUAGUUGCAAUAUGUUGGUUAAUGUCAAUUCGUUUAAUUGCUUUGACAUCAUUUUCAAGAACAACAUUAUUAACAUUUAAAUUAUUUUUAUUGAAAAUUCUUUGGAUUUAUUUUCCAAUUUUACCUAAAAAUAAAGCAAAAAAUCAAUGGCCUAUUUUAUUUCAUAUAAUAUUAAUUAUAAUUAAACUAUUAAUAAAUCAUUGGAUUUAUCGAUGGUUUAUUAAAUGUGAAUUGGGAAUUAGUUAUGAAAGAAUUUUUAUGCUUUAUUUAUCUAUAAUAACAAUAUCUUAUGUUCUUGAUAUUGAAAUGAUUCUUGUUCGAAUUUUAACUCAAGAUAAAUAUACACUUGAAUCAUUUACCAAUUUUCCAAUACUUAGUUUAUCAUUACGAGAAUUUUGGGGUCAAAGAUAUAAUCAAAUUGUUAAUACAAUUUUAAAAGAAUCAGUUUUUGAACCUAUGCGAUUAGAAUUAUCAUCAUCGACCAUAGCGGCAUUGAUAACAUUUAUUAUAAGUGGUCUUCUUCAUGUUCAUGUAUGUUUUGUUGGUUUUAAUGAUACAUCAUCACUUUUUCCAACUUUUAUGUUUUUCUUUUUACACGGUAUUGCUUGUUCUCUUGAAACAAAUAUGAAAAUUAAACUUCCUGAACAUGCCGGCUGGUUAAUAACACAUGCAUUUCUUCUUAUUACAUCACCACUCAUGCUUCGACCAUUAAUAAAAAAAGGAUGUCCAUUUUUAAUGCUUAAUCCUCCACCAUUAAUCAAUAUUGAAUGGAUACCAAAAUUAUCUGUACCUAAUUUUUGUCCACAAUAA